AUGCCUUCAUUGGUCUCCAAUCUCAUCAUCAAUCCAGUCCUCCGGCAAGCACGCCGCUUUUCUGAGAUUUCGAGACGAGCACCCGUCCCCGCAGGGAACCCCUCCUCCGACAGCGUCGCCGUCGCAAGUGACACGGAACCUUCCGUCCCCCGGCACGCGACCGAUGCGCCUCCAGCUCUAGACUCACCUUUACAUCGACAUCUCGAAGAAACAUCCUCGCCGAUUUCCGUCGAACCAGAGCAGCCCCUGGUGCCUCCACCACCUGCGCCUGCGCCUACCGAAUCCCCUCCUAUGACGAUUCCGAUGCAAGUACCCACGAGUGUGGCCCUGCCGGCCGACGAUGGCAUGGGCGCAUUGCGCAAGCGCCUCAUCAGCAUUCAGACCGAAGAAAUACCGGCCGAGGAAAAGGCCAAACGAAUGCACGAGGUUCUGAUGGAGAGCUACCGCAAGUCUCGGAUUGCUCCCCUCCCAGCCGAUUCGGCCGUCGAGUCUCUACCACAAGGCGCGGCGUGGCAAGAAUCACUGCCAAUAGGCCCGGGGCCACUCGACUCUUUGAAGUUUUGGAACCAUAAAGUGGGCGAGCCUUCGAACCGUCCGGAGCCGGUCUACUUGAAUGAUGAAGAUCUUCGGCCGACCUACGCCCCGCCGAAGCUCACAAUGAGAGACAAAUCCGACGGAGAGAUGGUACUCGGUUGCCAACACUACAUGCGCAAUGUCAAGCUGCAGUGCUCGACCUGCCAGAAGUGGUACACUUGUCGAUUUUGUCACGACAGCGUGGAGGACCAUACCCUGAUAAGGAAGGAGACCAAGAACAUGCUCUCAGCCCGCUAUUACUGUAACGUGUGCAAGCUGUGGGACGACCACCCGGCCAAGGGCAUUUAUCACUGCGACGAAUGUGGCAUUUGCAGGAAGGGAAGGGGUAUUGGGAAGGACUUCUUCCACUGCAAGAAAUGCUGCGCAUGCAUCUCAGUAUCAAUCCAACACUCGCACAAGUGCAUCGAGCGCUCGACCGACUGCGAUUGUCCAAUUUGCGGCGACUAUCUGUUCACCUCUCCUAAACCGGUCGUGUUCAUGCCUUGCGGUCACAGCAUUCACUCAAGAUGCUACGACGAACAUUUGCAGCGGUCAUACAAAUGUCCUAUUUGCAACAAGAGUUUACUGAACAUGGAAAGUCAAUUCCGCCAGUUAGAACUGGCCAUCCUGAGCCAGCCAAUGCCACCGGAAUUUCGGGACACUCGUGCCACUGUCCUUUGUAAUGACUGCAGUGGACGAAGUUCGGUGCCCUAUCACUGGUUGGGCCUCAAAUGCGCCAUCUGCACCUCGUACAACACCGUCGAACUGCAAAUGAGUGGAGGCAGGCAAGGAGCUCCUUCCACGCCGGCAGUUCCCGGCCAGGCUCAGCCCAGCCCGGCAGCCGCUGAGGCUGCUGCCCCCACUGGGGCCAGUCAACCUACUCUGAGUGGUCGGCGAAGACAUUCGUCUCACGCUGGACCAGAGGCACGAAUGGUGGCAUUGAACCGACUGACUAGGGCAGGUGACCAAACACCUGGGCCGGGUUCGCUUCCCACCUUUGCUCCAUUCCUCGUUGAAGAGGAUGAAAACGAAAUGGACAUACUUAACCUUUGGCGUAGGGACCAGAGGCAGGACGAGGAGGAGGAAGAAGAGGAGGAGGAGAGUGAGUCUAUGUCGACUGAAGAGGAAGAGGAUGACGAUGAGGACGAUGAAGAUGAUGAUUUCAUGCUCAUCGGUCAUCGUUGA